UGUGUGGGGGGUAAACAUACAGCAUUUGGUAAAUAGACAUUUUGCACAGAAAGCAUUUUCAAGAAUGAGCGCGCAUAAAGUAUGUAAUAAGACGCAUCCUUUAUCUAUCUCCUAGUCGGUGUACAUUUUGGAUUGCACCGUUUUCCUUUAAUCCCAGCUUGUUUAUCUGCUCGGUUUGCCUUGGCCAGUUCACUUCAUAUUUCCACUCCGACUGCUUGCUCUAUCAGGAAGUAUCGCUGCCGUAGCCUGCAGGCAUAGUGCCUGCAAACCCGAGAGUCAGUCCAGUUGGUGGAACUCCCCACGUGGUUCUCCUCCGGUAUAAAAAGUUUCAGUGUAUAGUGUCACAAUGUCGUGAUUGCAGGGCAAAGAAAAAAGCCGAUCUGAAGAUUGUCCUUUUUUUUCUUGCUAACGCUCUCAGAUACACAUCAGCGCCUGUUUGCAGAUCGGAAUUUAAAAAUCACUUAUUUGAAACAAAGGCGACAAAGAUCAAAGCCAGAAGAAAUAAGCGGAUGGAGAAUGACAAAGUGAAAUUUUGCCGAGACCGAAAAGGGAGCUAUAUAAAUGAAGCGAUCUUUCCUUUCUCUUACAAAGUGGGAAUUGCUCAAUGUGAAACGGUCGCAGCGGGGUUUCUUUUGCUUUCUAUCCUUCGUUAUUUGGUUUUGCUCCUCUGGGUCAGUGAGUGCUUUUGUCACAUUGCUUGAUUAUCUUUUUAUUUUAUUUUAUUGUUUUUUAAUAUUGUGUGACUCGAGUAUCAUUCAUUGCUAUAAAGAGGCGCUGAGUGCAAGGACUCCGGUGAAAUGAUUAUUAUUUUCUGGUUGGGCACUUCGAGGCUGUAAGUAUAUAAGCCAACUCGUCACCAGACACAAACUGGAAUACAGGUCAAAAGCAAUGUACGGGUUUCUUUCGAGUGGCACUUAAAAAAUGACCGAAGACUAUAUUAACCUGAACAAUACCAAGCGAAUGCAGUGGGUCAUCAUCUAUACUCCAGCCUCUUAUCUGUAAUAGACGCACGUAUGGAAGGAAGGAACACCUCACACAGCACUGAGCGGACUGUUUGGAUUUGAUGCUCCAUGUACAUAAGAACAUAAGAAAGUUUACAAACGAGAGGAGGCCAUUCAGCCCAUCUUGCUCGUUUGGUUGUUAGUAGCUUAUUGAUCCCAGAAUCUCAUCAAGCAGCUUCUUGAAGGAUCCCAGGGUGUCAGCUUCAACAUACACUGUACAUACAGCUGAAGCAUUUCCAUUGCAUUUUGAGUGUUUAUUGGGUUAGAAGCUAGCCGAUAAAGACACAUUUGUAAGCAUUUGUGUGUUUGUGUGUGUGUGUGUGUGUGUGUAUAUAUAAUUAUUUUUUUUUUAAAAAACCCUUUAUCAUUAAAUUUCUAAGUUAUACAAACACGCACACAUACACGCACACACACACAUUUUAGACAAUGAGCAGCUUCAUCAUGAAAAUAGCUUGUUUUGUGGUUUGCAUUAUUUGUACCAGCGGCACACCCACCCCAGGGACUGAGUCUCAAGCGUCGACCCAGGAUACGUGCACCUCCUGCGGCCUCGGGCAGCCGGAGGAGUCGGUGCGGAUGGACGUAGAGUUUCUGGAAGCGGUAAAGAGGCAUAUUCUGAACAGGUUACAUAUGCGGGACAGACCCAACAUCACCCACCCCAUCCCGAAGGCGGCGAUGGUGACUGCGCUAAGGAAGCUGCACGCUGGAAAAGUUAGGGAGGAUGGCAGAGUAGAAAUCCCAAACCUGGAUGGGCACGCCACCUCGGAUAAUGAGGUCCUGGAACAAACCUCGGAGAUCAUCAGCUUUGCAGAAUCAGAUGAGCUGGCAUCAUCCAAGUCGAGCCUCUACUUUUUGGUCUCGAACGAAGGAAACCAAAAUCUCUUUGUUUCUCAAGCCAACUUGUGGCUGUACUUUAAAGUGCUCCCGUCCAACGCGGAGAAGGGCGCCCGGCACAAGGUGACAGUGAAGAUCUACUUCCAGGAGGCCGGGGGGAGCAGCACGUGGAGCGCGGUGGAGAAGCGGGUGGAGCUCAAGAGAAGCGGCUGGCACACUUUCCCCCUGACACAGGCCAUCCAGGCUCUUCUGGAGAAAGGGGAGAGGAGGCAGAGCCUGGAGGUGCGCUGCGAGGGCUGCCAAGACGAGGCAGUGACACCCGUCCUAGUCAACCCCGAUGAUGAGGCCCACCGGCCCUUUCUAGUGGUGCAGGCUCGAGCGGCCAACAGCAAGCACCGCAUCCGCAAGCGAGGGCUGGAGUGCGACGGCAGGACCAGCCUCUGCUGCAGGCAGCAGUUCUACAUUGACUUCGGGCUGAUUGGAUGGAAUGACUGGAUCAUAGCGCCGAAAGGAUACUAUGGGAACUACUGCGAGGGGAGCUGCCCGGCCUACAUGGCUGGAGUGCCUGGGUCGGUCUCCUCCUUCCACACGGCUGUGGUGAACCAGUACAGAAUGCGAGGGCUGAGCCCGGGCUCCAUGAACUCCUGCUGCAUUCCCACCAAGCUCAGCACCAUGUCAAUGCUGUACUUCGAUGAUGAGUAUAACAUUGUCAAGAGAGAUGUGCCCAACAUGAUCGUGGAAGAAUGUGGCUGCGCUUGAGUUUUCUUUGCAAGCAAGUUCCCUCAAUUUGAUCAUUAUUGCGACAUCAAGCAACAGGAAAUAAUAAUAAUAAAAUAAUAAUAUUUAUGAACAUUUUUAUACCUUUUGAGAACAAUAUAUACACAUACACAUACAUGUGCAUAUAUAUAUAUAUAUAUAUAUAUAUAUAUAUAUAUAUAUAUAUAUAUAUAUAUAUAUAUAUAUAUAAUCUCCUACUUUCCCUAUAGUUUCAGGAUCAAUAGUUGUUGUUUUCAAAGGGAAAAGUAAGAUGGUUUUUGAUUAAUGCGGCAGCCUUUUUUUAAAAAAAUGUUUACAGUUAGCCUUUUCUACAAAAUCAGAGACUGCGUCUGCAUUUUAAUCAUAAGUAAUUAAGAAAAAAAAAAAAAAACAGGCCCAUCCAGGCCUGUGGUGCCCGUGACUGUCACGAAACACAGAACCUGACCACUUUUUGGUGACCUUGAAAUGGAACCUGAAGGGAAUGCGCACCAUCUACUAAAAAGAAGUUUAAAUUCGACAGCACUUCCAACAGAAAACAUCAAGAUGAUGGGACACACAUUCCACAAAAGAUCUUAUGAAACACUGUUUUCAUGUAUCGGUGGACACUUCUCUGGGGCAAGCUCCAAGUGGUCAGGUAUGAUGUCUUUGUCUUCAGACAGUUACAGCCUGCCUUGUACCUGCCUUAAGGGACGACGGAAGGAGAUUUCAAUUCCUAUAGACAUUCCAGCGAAGUAAAGCACUCUUCAGUUACUGGCAGAGCAUGGACUCCUAACUGGUGUUUAAGAAACCCAUAUGGACUGGUAUAAUCAGGGUUUCGGCUGGCCUGUAAGAGACAGGUUUACUCUUUACAGCAAAGAAUGAUGCAAAGAUGCAAAGAAUAACUGGGUUCUCUCGUAUGAAUCAGUGGAUGUCAAGAAUGGCCAUAUUGCUCAGCUGGUAAUGGUGUAGCAUAGCACUUACAAACUCCUGAAUGCACAUUUGAUAACACUUGCAGACCUAAAUGCCUUUCCAAGGGUGCCUGCCGGUGCCCUUCCCCUUACUCACACAACCCAGUUAAAGAAGUGCCGCAUGAGCUAUGCAAUGACCCGUACCAGACAAGCACGGCUCUUUGUAAGACUCUUUAUUUGAUACAAUACUUGAAACGUAAUCGUUCGCUGCUUCUUCUUCAAUGAGCGAAUGAUUGUCACAAUGUUUGCACUGAAAAGUUGAGCGAUUAGUUUAAAAAACUGCCAUUGAAAGAAAAACAAAAUGUUAUUUUUAUAAAAACUGAAAUUUGAAUUCUGUUAAAAAUGUAUUAUACCUAAUAAUGGAACCAAAGAAGCCAAUUCUUUUUAUAGCUGUUAUUAAGAUAGCAAGGCCAUCGCAUACUGUGUAAAAAUACUGUGUGAUCACGUCUGAGGCCUCAACACUGUUUCAGGGUACAAUAUUAUGGAUUCCUUUUUUUUAAAUUCAGCAUGUUCUAUUCUGUACAGAAGACACAUUUUUAUAAUUUCUGAUACAUUUUAAUUCCAGUUUUCAUUUUUUUAUUUAAUAAAAGCUCUUUUUAGAUCCUGUUGCAGGAUCAUUUAGAAUUAAAUAAAAUGGCACUGUGUACAGUUUAUGUAAAAUAAAAACAUGUUUUUAAAAUAUUUGUUCUUUGUAACUGUUAAAAAUAUAAUUCUUACUCUGCAUUAAGAUGCGUUUAUUUCUGUAUUCAUUCAUUGUCAUUCGUUUUGUUAAAAACUGAAUUCUAACGAGCUAAAGUAAUCAGUGCUAUAGAAACAAUAGGCACUUUUGUGCUUUAAUUAGGAAUC